AUGUGCUACGACCGCUACGUGUCCAUCUGCAAACCCCUGCACUACGGGACCCUCCUGGGCAGCAGAGCUUGUGCCCACAUGGCAGCAGCUGCCUGGGCCAGUGCCUUUCUCCAUGCUCUCAUGCACACAGCCAAUAGAUUUUCCCUGCCCCUGUGCCAUGGCAAUGCCCUGGGCCAGUUCUUCUGUGAAAUCCCCCAGAUUCUCAAGCUCUCCUGCUCCAAAUCCUACCUCAAGGAAUCUGGACUUCUUGUGUUUUCCAUCUCUUUAGUAUUUUGCUGUUUUGUGUUCAUUGUUUUCUCAUAUGUGCAGAUUUUCAGGGCUGUGCUGAGGAUCCCCUCUGACCAGGGAAGGCACAAGGCCUUUUCCACCUGCCUCCCUCACCUGGCUGUGCUCUCCCUAUUUAUAAGCACCUCAUUUUUUACCUACCUGAAGCCUCUUUCAAUGUCUUCCCCAUCCCUGGAUCUGGCCCUGUCGGUUCUGUACUCAGUGGUGCCUCCAUCCCUGAACCCUCUCAUCUACAGCCUGAGGAACCAGGAGCUCAAGGCUGCAGUGUGGAGACUGAUGACUGGAUGCUUUCAGAAACAUUAAACUGCUGGCCAAUUUCUGAAAAUCACUUGUAAUAAAAGUA